CGCCGCCACCACCACCCCUCUUGCCCUGUUCUCUCUCUGGUCGGGCCGGUCGGUUCCACGAGCGCCUGGCAGAGACUGAGAGGGAGAGAGAGAGAUUGAAAGAGGAGGGAGGAGGAGGAUUCAGGGAGUAGGAGCUGGGGAGCCCUUCUGCACCACAGAAAAUUUUUAAAGCAUUGGUGAAGGAAGAUUUUGUGAAUGAAGAAGACUUUCUUAAAAAGAAAAUGAUCAAUGGCUGGCUGUAGCACUAUCAUACUGCAUUUGCUGAUUUUUCCAGCAGCUUAAUUGAAGGAGUAUUCUGCUGAUCUUUAUUUCUUGAUUCUUCUUUACGUCCUGUUUGCCACCAAGACUCGUAUUUGGAGAACUUUGUUGUACUGAUCCUUGAAGUCACCUUUGACCCACGAUAAGAGCAUGCAUAUUCAAGAGUCAGUUAGAUUUGUGGAUCAAUAAAGUUCUUCUAAAAGGUAAUCACUUUUGCUGACACGGUCCAGUAUUCACAAUGUAUCACUCCUUAUCCGAAACUAGACAUCCUCUGCAGCCAGAAGAGCAAGAAGUGGGUAUUGACCCCUUGUCCAGUUACUCGAACAAGACAGGAGGAGACGCAAAUAAAAAUGGAAGAACAAGUUCUACAUUAGAUUCUGAUGGGACUUUUAAUUCUUAUAGGAAAGAAUGGGAGGAACUAUUUGUAAACAACAAUUACUUGGCAACAAUAAGGCAGAAGGGGAUUAAUGGGCAGCUGAGAAGCAGCAGGUUCCGCAGCAUUUGCUGGAAGCUAUUUCUUUGUGUUCUUCCUCAAGAUAAAAGUCAGUGGAUAAGUAAGAGUAAAGAAUUAAGAGCAUGGUAUAGCAACAUCAAAGAAAUACACAUCACAAACCCAAGGAAGGUCGUGGGCCAGCAGGACUUGAUGAUCAAUAAUCCCCUUUCCCAGGAUGAAGGGAGUCUUUGGAACAAAUUUUUCCAAGAUAAAGAACUUCGAUCAAUGAUUGACCAGGAUGUCACAAGAACGUUUCCUGAAAUGCAGUUUUUCCAACAAGAAAAUGUGAGAAAAAUUCUUACAGAUGUUCUUUUCUGCUAUGCUAGAGAAAAUGAGCAGUUGCUUUAUAAACAGGGCAUGCAUGAGCUGUUAGCGCCCAUAGUCUUUAUCCUCCACUGUGACCACCAAGCUUUUCUCCAUGCCAGUGAGUCUGCACAACCAAGUGAGGAAAUGAAAACUCUCUUGAACCCGGAGUAUCUGGAACAUGAUGCCUAUGCGAUGUUCUCACAACUUAUGGAAACUGCUGAACCUUGGUUUUCUACUUUCGAGCAUGAUAAUCAAAAGGGGAAAGAAACAUUGAUGGCUCCCAUCCCCUUUGCUAGACCCCAGGACUUAGGGCCAACAGUUGCUGUUGUUACCAAAGUCAACCAGAUCCAAGAUCAUCUACUGAAGAAGCAUGAUAUUGAGCUUUACAUGCACUUGAACAGACUAGAAAUUGCACCACAGAUAUAUGGGUUACGGUGGAUACGGCUGCUGUUUGGGCGAGAGUUCCCCCUACAGGAUCUUCUGGUGGUCUGGGACGCCUUGUUUGCAGAUGGCCUCAGCCUGAGUUUAGUCGAUUAUAUCUUCAUAGCCAUGUUGCUGUACAUCCGAGAUGCUUUGAUCUCUAGUAACUACCAGACGUGUCUCGGCCUUCUGAUGCAUUACCCACGCAUUGGGGAUGUCCACUCACUGAUCCUCAAGGCUCUGUUCCUCCGAGAUCCAAAGAAAAAUCCGAGACCAGUGACUUACCAAUUCCAUCCAAACUUAGAUUAUUAUAAAGCACGGGGAGCAGACCUCAUGGAUAAAAGCCGGACCAGUGCCAAAGGCACUCCCUUGAAUAUAAAUAAAGUCUCUAAUAGCCUGAUUAAUUUUGGAAGGAAAUUGAUUUCUCCAGCAAUGGCCCCAGGCGGUAUCAGUGGCCCUGUAUCGGGAGGCAGUAGUGGCAGUUCCUCCAUGGCUGUGGCUCCCACCAGGACCUUAGCAACCUUAGCAGAGGCUCCCAGACAUCAUUUGCAGCAGCAGCAACAGCAGCAGCAGCAGCAGCAGCAGCAGCAGCAGAGGCUGCUGAAAUCGGAAAGCAUGCCAGUGCAACUGAACAAAGGUGAUAUAGUUACAGGAAGCAAUGCUCAGGUUUCUGUUCCUGUCCAGACUCUAACUGACCUCCAAGGACAAAGUUCUAAAAACAUCAGUUCAUCUCCAAGCAUUGAGAGUUUGCCUGGAGGCAGAGAAACCACUGGCUCCCCACCUUUGUCUGCUACUAAAAAGGAUUCCUUCUUCAGCACCAUCUCACGUUCCCGCUCACACAGCAAAACUAUGGGCAGGAAAGAAUCUGAAGAAGAUUUAGAAGCUCAAAUUUCUUUCCUUCAAGGGCAGCUGAAUGACCUGGACGCCAUGUGCAAGUACUGUGCGAAGGUGAUGGACACGCAUCUCGUAAACAUUCAAGAUGUGAUAUUACAAGAAAAUUUGGAAAAAGAAGAUCAAAUUCUGGUUUCCCUGGCAGGGCUGAAACAGAUCAAAGACAUUCUAAAAGGUUCCCUGCGUUUCAACCAGAGCCAACUGGAAGCCGAAGAGAACGAGCAGAUCACCAUCUCCGACGACCACUACUGCUCCAGUGGCCAGGGCCGGGGUCGGGGCCAGGGCCAGGACCAGGGUGGCCAGACGCCUGGGGCCCCCACGCAGGCCUCGUCAGAAGCGCCUGGGCACGCAGACAGAGGGAGCGCCGAGGACUUCAUCCUGGUUUCCAAAGAAGAUGAGGGAGGCGGCGCCAGGGCAUCCUUCUCCGGCCAGGCCCAGCCUCUGCGCACCCUCAGAAGCACGUCUGGGAAAGGUGAGGCCCUGGCCCGCUCCCCGCUGGUCUUCUCCGACCCUCUGAUGGGCCCAGCCUCCGCGUCCUCCAGCAACCCCAGCUCCAGCCCUGACGACGACAGCAGCAGCAACAGCAAGGACUCCGGCUUCACCAUCGUGAGCCCCCUGGACAUCUGACCACAGUGCCCAGGCCACCACCCCCCCCAGCAGCCUGUGCGCCCCGCUGAGGCUCCCCCCAGUGGGGACACCUCUGAAACCAGCACCGCUUUCCCAGCAUGCAUGUGGCACCGGAACAGCCCACAGAACCUUUUAGAGAAGAGCAAACGGCCACCAAGCACACAGACUGCUGGUCACCAAAGUGCAGACAGGCUUUCUGGGGCCUCCCCAACCUGCCGCACCCUCGCUCCGAGGGGGAGCUGCAGUAGGUGCCCAGGACCACACCACCCGGAAAGCCCAGACCACGGUUACAGUGACUUUUCCUCUGUCCUCUUCCCCCCAACCGAGAAGGUGUGACAGCGCCAUCAGUGUUAUCCAGAAGAAGAAAGAAUUGGCUUCAAUUCUUCCUCCCUCAGAGCAUCAGGUGCCACCGGGACACUGAUUGAUACCCAGAACACUUUCUGGAAAUCUGUGUGCCCGCCGGUGUCCUUUCUCCCUUGGGAAGUCACACGGCAAAGCCAAAUGCCGUGGGAAGGACCAGUGGGUUCCGGGCUGGAAAGACACCAUGCGUUACUGACCUCUCAGAAAGUUACAGCGAUCCCCUGACGCGGCUCUAAACCUAGGGCUCAUUCAGGUGUGAUGGGGUUUAGACUCCUCAUUGGUAAAUAAUUUCCAAGCCUCAGGCCAGAUCACUCUGGUUAUCACUGCCCCCCUUAAACAAUCCUAUUUCACCUUUUAGCAUCUUUCAUGCCAGAGAACAAGGUCCCUUUAAGCAGACCUUGCACUGGGGUGGCUGGUUCUUUGGGCUGCUCCUCUGCAGACGGCAAGGCCUCUGGGCAGCGGGAGCCUGCACGGCAGCAGGUACUGAACAGCUGCCUGUGGGAGGGUGGGUGCCCUUUCGUCCCUGCCACCGCUGACCGCGACUUCUCUACAGACAAAUGUGACAAUGACAGGGCCUCCCACUUCUCCAAGGAGGUGGUGAGGACUCGAGAGGGGCUUCUGGUCAGCUCUGCAGUUUGUUCUUGAAACUCCAGCAAGGAAAUCCCUCAACGCACAAGGAGAGGACAGCCCCGCCUGUGUGGAGGUGUGCACGUUAGCUCCGGCUCCUGACGCUGAGUGGCAGGCUCCGCGCCCUGCUGGGGUGGCUCCCUGAGGAGGCUGCUGCCACGUGUGUGCCCCUCGACGGUACUCCAUGAGCUCCCCAGGUCCCCUGAGUGAGUGGCCUUGCAGCUGCACAGCUGUCAUUAUUUUCUCUCAAAGGCUUGGGAGGGUGCCAGUGUCUUCAGCUCCAGAAGUGGGGAGCUGUUCUCGCCCGGGCUCCAGGACAAAGACUGGGCAGGGCCGUGGAAUCGACCAUCUCCUGGCGGCUAAGCCGCAGUCGCCUGCUCGCUUUCAGCAUCGCUUUGCCUUGAGAGCUGGAGUCCGGGCAGCAGAGUGUCGCGGGCCCCAUGGUAGCUGCCAGACACCCGCCCACCAGCGUGCUCUCCGCUCCUUCCCCACCUAACCGUCUCUGCGACCUCCCAGCCCUGUCCACACACGGGGGUGGGUCCUUCGUUCUGUGCUUCCGAGUUGGUGCCACCUGGAAUCAGUGGGUCACUCAGAGGUGUUGCUUCUGUGGCCCCCGACAGCUGCCCACUCCUCAGAGGGGAGACCCCCACGGGGGUGGGUGCAGACACAGCCGCCCUCGAUCCCCAUAGGUUUGUGGGGUAUGCGAAUGGAAUUAUUGUCUUACCUUUUUUAAGUGAUGUGUUUUUACUUUUCAUAAUUGAGCAUUAUUUGCAUUUUUAUUAGUUACAGUGCUAUUAAAGAAUUUAUGUUGCUUUUUAUUACUCUAUCAGGUACUUAUGUUUAAUGGCACAUUUUUUAAAUGCUGAAUAUAUGAAACCUUUUUUUCUUAAAAAAUGUGGUAAUCAUUGGAACCUCUUGUGUUUUGAUUAUUAGCAGUUAAAGUUUAUAUACAUAAAGCCUAGAUUAAUUUUCAUUAUCUCCUCUUUUUAUACUUAUCCCUGUGUUCAUGCAUUCCUCUCAGAUCAGUUUGGAAAUUUGAGUUAAAUUAUAUGUAUACAGUACAUAUGAGAGUUACAGAUUAGAGAAAGAAAAUUAUUUGACUUUGCCUUACCUUGUGUGUAUGCCAAGGGGUCACAUAAAACUUGAAAACAUCUCAUUAUAUGGAUAAUUCUUCCAAGGAUGACCUCCUGCUGACGUUCACUGCUGACUGCAGUCUGGCCGGAAGAACUGUCACUUUGGAGUGAAUGUGACUAACAGUAAACCAGGACCUCCUGUGAUUUGCCCGCCCUGCAUACAACUGAGCUGACUCCUGUCAUCCUCCCUUCGGGGUUUGAUUGUUCGCCAUCACCAGGGACGAGGUGAUAAGUGAUUAGAAAAUUCUGUGACAGUUCUGGUGUCUCCUAAUGACAGCCUGCCAGAGUUGACCCAAAUGUAUCCUUUUUAUUUCUAUUUUAUUGUUUCUUUAAGAAGCUGCCCACAGGGGUCAUUACCGAACAAGAGUGGAUGGAGGACUUCCUCACCCACUGGGGGCGGCUGCACCCCCCCUGCUCCCCCGCAGAUGUGCCCCCACCGCUGGCCGCUGUGUGCAGAGCAGGGCCGGGUGAGGCCGUGGGGCGGGGGAGGCGGCCGGGCAGAGUUGAGGGGAGAAACUGGCGCAAAGGCUUCCUUCUCUCAGGCCAAAACCGCCUCCUCAGCGUUCCCUUCAAAGGCUCUCCUUUUAUAGUGUCAAAAAAAUACGAAGUUCCUAUACGCAGGCUUGAGACCACUUUGAUGUAAAAGUUGCCAUAAUAAUUUUUCUCACAAUGGCACAAUUCAUUUGAUUUAUGGAAUAGCCCGUCUUGCCAUUUAUAUCUAUCGCUUGUUUCUCAUUCAUCUUGAUGCUGUAACUCAUAUGAUUUAAGAACUGACUUUCCUCUUGGCAAAGUGAUCCCGUUCAGUACGAUUAUAAUAAAAGACUAAUGUG